GCUAAUGUGAUCAAUACUUCAUGUGGAUUUGGUGUUCAACUAUUAUUGGUUCACCUUGCUGCUCGCCAAGUAUGGACUACGGGCUGUGUACAGGCUUUGGUUACAGCGGUGGAGACGAAUGUCAUUUCCGUUUCUUGCACCAUUGCUGGGAUCGUUGUAUUGCAGCGUAAAGCUUCAAGUAUGAGCAAUUUAAGCCAGUUAGAUGGGAGUGUGCGCAACGUAGAGUUUGGUCUAGACUACGGAAAUCAAGUUAGGACCCGCUUGAGUGGAAAAAGCCUCGUUUUUCAGGGCGGUGAAUGGAUGAUAGAACCCGAAGAUGGCAGCAUAGGAGGUUUAGGUGCAACGAGUCACGAAACAACUAGACUGAAAAAGAAUGCCCUCCAGUUGACAGAAGAGAACAAUUUGCUCAGAUUGAAGGUUGAAAUCCUUUUAGACAUGGUGGCCGAGACGACUGCCGAAGUUCAUUUGCAGGAGAAUGAAAUAGAUAAUUUACGGGCUCUCCUGCAGAAGAAUUUCGCUGUCCCUCAGCCUUCACCUGCUGCUAGCAGUAGCAGAAUGGCUGGCCUGGCCAGAUAG